AUGGAAGCGACGCGUGACCCGGUCAUCUUCAUCCACGGCGUCUUUGGAUGGGGCAACAAGUCGCCGUUGUACGGCUACAUGCCCAACUACUGGCCCGUGAAGGCGCUUGACGAGGUCAACCCGAACCACCACAUCGUUGACGUCGGGAAGGCGUCCUCAGACCAUGAUCGCGCGUGCGAAGCGUUCUACCAAGUCUAUGGCGGUCAAGUCGACUACGGCGAGGAGCAUUCGUGCAAGAUGGGUCACUUGCGCUUUGGCGCGACGUACCCCAAGGAGACGGCCAUGCAUCCGACGUGGAGCAGCGCAAACCCCGUGCACCUCCUCGGUCACAGCUACGGCGCGACGACAGCCAUCGAGCUCUACCAGUUGCUGUGUCAAGACGCGUUCGGCGUUGGCAGCGACCACACGUGGGUCAAAAGCAUCAUUAGCAUCUCGGGGCCACUCACGGGGUCGACGCUGACAAAUCUCAUGAGCGCCGACCUCGUGCGUCCGAUGCCAGUGCUCAGCGGCGGCCACGUCGCUGUCAUGGGCAUUGGCCUCUGGUGGAAGGUGCAGAACUUUCUUUGUCCGCGGCUCAAGGGCAUCUACGACCUCGGCCUCGACCAGUGGAUGAACCAAACGGGCUGGGACAUGUUCUACUCGACGACGAACCGCGUCCAUACGAGCAAGGACCUCGCGCUCUACGAUCUCUUGCCAGACUACCGCGUCCAGCGCAACAAGCAGCUCGUGCACAUGGACAAGGUCCACCUCUUCAGCAUCGUCACGAACGCCAAGGACCAGCACCACGUGCCUCUGCGCGAGUGGGCGCUUGGACUGGCACUUGUCGUGCUGCUCUACCGGCGCAAGAAGCUCUGGCCGACGCGCAUCACGCGCUGCUCGCUCUGCCUCACGGUGCUCGCACUCGUCUGGUCGCGGCUGCAGCGCCUCGACUACUCCAAAGCCCGCACGAGCCUCUGGGGCCUCAUGUGGCUCAUCCGCAAGCGCACCGAAAAGAUGGGCGAAGACGCGCUCUACGACGGCUUCAACAGCGACCACUGGGUGCACAACGACGGCAUCGUCAACACGUACUCACAGCUGUACCCGCGGGUCGAUGGGCCGGACGCGCCAAAGGACGACGACAAGGCGCCGAGUCGGUCGGCGUCGCAUCUCUCGAUCGAUAUUGAAAAGCACUGCCAAGACGACGGCGAGCUCCAGCGCGGGCGCUGGCACACGUACCAUCUCGAGAAGAACCACUUGUGCGGCACACACUUUGACGGGCAAGCCAAGGCGCUGUACAUCAACCUCUUCCGCAUCCUCAACCAGCACUACGCCCAUGACGCAGCCUUGUCCUCUACUGACAGUAGUAGCAGUCGGGACUCGGACACCGAGUCGCCAUAG